AUGUCAGUGCGGGAUUCAUUACUGGGGCUCAAGGAGUCGAUGGAAACGCCGUUGGCACAGGAUCCCCGAGAGCGCGAGGAUCAGCUGCAGAAGGAAUUGCGACAACUGCAAGAGCUGAACCUGGUGAUUGAAAACACUCGUGAAGCAGUGCGAGCAGCCACGCUACAUGUCGAGACCGUCCAGGCCAAUGUCAACUCGUCGCACCUACUGGCAGAUAAAUGGAACACCAUCAUGGCGCAAACCAGCCACACAUACUCGCUUCUCAACGACUCCACGUGGCAUGGGCGUAUGGCGGAACAGGAACAACACGAGCAACGAAUGCGAGAACUGGAGCUCCAACAUCAACGAGAAGAGGAGGACAGACUGCAACGAGAAGCCCAGAUGGCGGAACAGGCCCAGAUCCAGGCAAAACAGGAGGAAGAGAAACGGGAGAGACAGGAACGAAUGAAGAGGAGGUUGUAUAGAGGAGGAUCAGUCAGAGGAGGAGGGAUCCGAAGAGGGGGGGUCAGACGUGGCUAA